AUGUUGUCAAAGUGGACGCGACGAGGUGCGCAAUUGUUUGCGGCAUAUCUCUUGAUGCAUCUUAUUGUGACUGUAGUGGAUAACAGGCGUGUCACUGAUCACACAAAAAACCCAAGUAAAAAAAUUUCUGAUGGACCACUAAUCGUUAAAGAUCUUCCCGAAAAUGUGAAUGAAGAAGACGAGGACAGUGCUGUUACAUCAGCUAAUUCGUUCAGUUCGAAAGCAUAUCAGGAAGAUUUUGUACCUCAUCUAGUUGAACCAGUGAUACAAAAAGUGCCAGUAAUUACCAACAGAUUUUUCGAGAAUUUCAAACGUGAAGCGAGGGUAGUACAUUCGAAUUCAGACGAUUUUCUAUUGUUUACUUUAAUUAAUGGAGCCUAUCUGAACUUGACUUUAAACUGGUUAUGUAACGUGGCACCAUUCCGGACAUCAAUCCAUCGUAAGACGUUAAUUGUCAGCCUGGAUCCAGAAGCUUGUGAGGUGAUCCAGAAGACUUGGAAAGAAGUGAAGUGUAUGUAUAUUAAAGUACAUGAUAAUUACAACAGUCCACUUAGCUGGGGACGGCAAAACUAUAUCAAUCUGCUCAGUCUUCGCUCACAGCUUUUGCUAAUUCUUGCACAGCUCGAGCUACCAUAUAUUUUAUUUGAAACCGAUGCGGUUUGGCUACGUGAUCCCAUGGAAUUUUUUCAAAACCAAACACUUAUUGAUGAUGCUGAUAUUAUUGUACCGACGAAAGGUUAUCCAGAUCACAGCUUGACGUAUGCAUUCGAUCCAAUGAUCGUCUAUCCCUCAAAUGCGUCUCUUGUAUUCAUGCGCGAAUUAACUUCGCAACUUUCAAAGAAUCCAAAACUGUAUGACCAGGAUGUUCUGGACCAGCUGUGCCGUCAACAGUAUUUUGGAUUGGUGUGUCGUCAAUUUGAAUGGACUGAAGUAGCUGAUGGAAAAUGGUUCAAAAUGUCGGAGUCGGAACGAGCUCAUUUAAGACCUUAUAUUAUUAACAACAACUACUACAUUGGAGUCGACAAUAAAAUUAGUCGUCAGGCACUAAAUGACCUGUGGUUCUUGUCGGUUAAGGGCAACUGUAACCUUUCGAAGGUUCGAAGUUUGCUACAUAAAUACGAAUCGUAA